UUUGUGAGGCAGCUUGUUCUCUCCGUGGGGAGCUCCAGCUGAAGGACCCAUCAGAGACAAGACCCUGCUGAACCUGAACCCAGCUGUGUGUCCAUGGAGACACCACUACUUUCAAAAACAGGGCGACCUGUAAGGGAUAGGCCAAUUAAAAUGGAGGAGAGGAGAAGGAAGAGUCCAAUACAGAAGGAAAGGGAGGAACAUUUUGAAAUAAAGAACCAAAGACUGAGGACCCAUCAGAGACCAGACCCUGCUGAACCUGAUCCUGAACCUGAUCCUGAUCCUGAACCUGAUCCUGAACCUGAACCCAGCUGUGUGUCCUUUAAGAGCGACCGGUCAAAGGCGGAUAUAAUUGAUUUUAAACGUGUUUCUGACAAAAAGAUCCAGCAGCAGAGACCAGAGUCUCCUGAACCUGAACCUGAACCCAGCUGUUUGUCCUUUGAGAGCGACCAGUCACUGGAUGUUAUCAGUACCAUAUAAUGAGAUUCAUAG